AUGUCUAAUGCUUCAUCGAGCGGGAAGACGCAGAUCCAUGUGGGUCGCGUGGACGAUUUGCCGAUCGGAUCUAUGUGCGAGGUGCCGCUGGAUGCCCCCUUCGACGUGCCGGUAAAUGCGAUCGUGGCCAAUGUACACGGCACGUUUUAUGCGACGUCGUCCCGGUGUACUCACUAUGGCAUGCCGUUGAGCAAAGGUGUCCUUACAGAUGAUGGCAAGCUGUACUGUCCCUUCCAUGGUGCAUGUUUCCGCGUAACCACUGGUGAUAUUGAAGAUGCACCGGCCCUGGACCCGCUGCAAACUUUUGACGUGGAAGUCAAGGACGGCCAAGUGUAUCUCCUCGUAGACUACGAGACGUUAAGGAACCCGUCCACUGCGCCAUGUCCUUCAGAGUUAAAGGGCAAGCGUCAAGGCCCCCACACUGUUUUCAUCGGUGGUGGCGCAGUUACGUUACAUGCUGUACAAGAGAUGCGCCGUCUGGGGUAUAAGGGUCGCAUUACGGUGCUAACGUCGGAGCCGCAUCCUACCAUUGAUCGACCGCGCCUGAGCAAGUCUUAUGCGCCUGACGUGGAUCAUGCUCUCAUCCGCAAUGAAGCCUAUUGGCGAGACACCCUGCAAGUUGAUCUGCGCCUGUCAAGCCACGUGUACAUGAUUGAUACCCGGAUGAGGCGCAUCCACAUUCGCGGCGGUAAUACAUUGAUCUAUGAAAAGCUCGUGCUGGCCACUGGCUCUGUUCCGCGGCGUCUACCUGUUGAGGGUGCCCAUGCCCAGGGCGUGUAUGUUUUGCGAUCGCUGCAGGACGCACAGUCUUUGACGGCGUCCUUGAAGCGUCGUGCAGCACCCAAGCUGGUGAUUAUUGGUACAGGAUUUAUUGGUCUAGAGAUGGGCAUUGCCUUAGCCAAGCACGCUGAUGUCACACUGAUCGGUCAAACCCAUGUGCCGCUGGAGGGUCCACUUGGACGCCAAGUGGGCGGUGGUCUUCAGACGGCGAUUAUGAAUGAGCGACCAUUGCGCUUUUUAAACGCUGUGGAUGUGGUACGCAUCGAGACCGAUAUGGAUGGGCAUGUUCGGGGAGUCCUUGUCCAGCCGCGUGCACGCGGAUCGCCUGAGCUAUUUCUGCAGGCGGAUAUGGUGCUCAUGUCUACGGGUGCCCGACCUGCAACGGACUUCCUGCGAAACUCACCAAGCUUCCCUACUCUGCGGCCGGACGGAUCUGUGGAAGUGGACUCUGCGCUGCGUGUCAAUGGUCUUCGAAAUGUUUAUGCAGGUGGUGAUAUUGCAGCGUACCCUACGGAGAAUGGGGUGGUGCGGAUCGAGCAUUGGAACGUGGCGAGCAAUCAUGGCCUGGAGAUUGGUCGUAUGUUGGCGACGGGGCGCGUACGUCCAUACAGGCACAUUCCUGUGUUUUGGUCGGGCCUUACAUCUACGCUCCGCUAUGCCGGUACGGGUCAUGGGUACAAUCAAGUAUAUGUGGAUGGCGAGCCCGAUGAGGCCGAGUUUAUUGCGUACUAUGCAAAGAACGACAAAGUGAUUGCCGUGGCGACGUAUGUAUAA